AUGCUCUCCAAGUGGCCCCUUUUUGUCAAAGCCUUUGGCUGGUUCAGCACGGUGCUUUCUCUAGUAUCGGCCGUUUUGAACAUAUACUGCUACACAUACCCAAGCCUGAACCCCCAGAACUGCAGCUGGGCUGUGUCCGAUGACGUGGCCAGCAGCACAGCCGGCAGAUGGUCGGCUUUGGGCGAGAUGUUGGCGGGAAUACCGUACUUUGGGGAUUUGUACGCAAACAGUGUUGGCAGAGCAAGCAGGCACACAGAUGACAUCAGGAUGCUUGCAAUCGGAGAUCCGCAGAUCGACGGGGCAUGGCCGUCGACGGGCCGGCGGAAAAGACUCGAUAUCUACGGAAACGACCACUAUCUCGGGCACAUAUACGGGGUGAUGAAGCGGAGACUACAGCCUUCGCAUGUUGCCGUUCUGGGCGACCUCAUCUCGUGCAACUGGGUCAGCGACAGCGAGUACUUCAACCGGACGUACCGGUACGCGACACGGUUGUUCCGGCGGCCCGAGACCCCGUUCCCCGGUACCCCGGGGGCCAUCGAUCUGCUGCAGCGGCGAGGAAUUGCUGAAAACGGCAGCCAGUACGCUGCGUGGCUGAAAAAUGGCGUGAAGACGCGUAAAUUCGAGCAGGCAGGCCAGUACGCGUUUUAUGACGUGUACAACUGGGACGGGGCAACCGGUGAGCCGCUUUUCAUCAACACCACGGGCAACCACGACGUGGGGUACGCGGGUGAGCUCGGUUACAACAACAUGUACCGGUACAGCCGAUUCUACGGGCUGCCGAACUACUGGGUCGAGUACAACACACACGACGGGCACAAAUCGCACGAAUCGCACCCCUGGCGCCUCGUGGUGGUCAACUCGCUCCUCCUGGACGGCCCGGCCAAGCACACGCCGCUGUACGAGGCCCAGUGGCAGUUCCUGCGUGCUCUUGCGGCCCACCCGUUCAACGGGUCCACCGUGCUCAUCACACACGUCCCACUGCACAAGCCGGAGGGCUUCUGUGCCGACCCGCCGGCCACAGAGUAUUUCACGCGGCAAAACUGCCCCGCUUGGGACUGGGACAAGCUCGGAAACUUGAGAAGCCAGACGCUGCUCAGCCCGGAAACCUCCCAGAAGCUACUAGAUGCCGCCUUUGCCAACGGCCGCCCCGGAAUCAUCCUCACGGGGCACGAUCACAAGGGCUGCAUCACAUAUUUCGCCCGCCGGGGCACCGGCGCCGCCUCCUGGUCUGCCUCCGCCCAAAAGCCCACCAACUACACCGCCGUGGUCAAGGAGAUCACCGUGCGGUCCAUCAUGGGCGAGUACGGCGGCAACACGGGGCUCCUAACGGGCCAUUUCUCCACGCUGGAUGAUGAAUGGCAGUUCCACUACACUUUGUGUCCGUUUGCGAUCCAGCACGUCUGGUGGGCCUCCAAGGUGACCUUGUUGUUGACUGUGUUCUUCCAGACCGUGUCCUACUUUCUCUAG